UCACGAAACCUGUGUUCAGUUCGUCCGAGGCAGUGGUUCUGUACGCGCGUGUGGUUAAAAGUGGAAUAAUUCCACUUUUUUUUCUAGAGAUUUUUCCCGGAAAAGGAAGAACAACAAGAAGUGGCGGAGAGCAGUGAAAAAUUUCAUUAUUCGAAAAAUCUGAAAGAUUAUUGGUUGUGAAUUGUAUCGAAGCUGUUUCGUCAAUGUUUGUGGAUGGUGAUUCAGAGGUCUGAGUGACUCAAACAGAGAUUGUCAUCUGCGCGCUAGUUUGAAAUUAGUGAUUGAUAGUUGUAGCACAUACCAUGCCAGUGAAUGGAAGCAACCGUCCACCUUGGCUAAAGGAUAGACUUGAGACAGUGAAUAAGAACGUUCCUCCGGCGUGGGCGCGGAAAAAUUCUGAUACCCCCGGUACCGGUCCUAAAGAUUCCAAAUCCACUAGCAAAGCGGAAAACAGCGACAGCAAAACGGCUCCGAUAGUGAAGAAACCUUCAACUGCUGCGACGGCUACUGCAGCAGCUAAGGAGAAUGGAGAACCGCCGAAAACCUCCAAACUUCAAUCCCGAGAGAUCAAAGUUCCUGUCGUGGUGCAGCAGAAAAAGCCUGUCCAACCUCCCCUGACCAAACCGGAACCGAUGAUCAAGAAUACUACCCCUCAGAUGACGGUUCUUCGGGAGCCCGCCAAGUCCAAACCGAAACCCAAAAAACCUUCACCUUCGGAAUCCGAAGAAGAGGAAGAGGUGGAGGAGGAAGAAGAAGAGGAAGAAGAAGAGGAGGAAGAGGAAGAGGGUAGCACGGAAUACGAAACGGAGACAGAUUCCGAGGAAGAGUCUCCUCCACCACCCCCAGUGAAAAAACCGGAACCAAAGCGGGAGCCCUCUCCUCAAAAACCGAAACUUCCCGUCCCGUUGAAGAAAGUCUCCAAGAGUCCGGAGAAAACCGACACCGAGAGCAAAUCGUCCAAAUCGGAGAAAUCUUCGUCCCCCGAGCCGAAGACGUUCGUCAAACCGCCGCUCAAGAAGGUGAUCCGACCGCAGCAGGAUGAGCGCAAGGAACGAUCCCAAUCGCCGGAGCCCAAGGGGUUCCGGGUGCAGUUGCGCAAGGUGCCGUCCAAUCUGAAGGCGCCACGCCUCAAAGAAAAGCUACCGGAAGUGCAACUGAAGCGCGUGGAAAAACCGUUGCUCGAGGAGAAACCCAAGAAGGAGGAGGCGUACCCGCACAAGCCGUCGAUGCUGAAAUCGGAGAGCAGUAAAAGAAUUCCACCGCCACCGCCUCCACCAAUGCCCAAAUCGAACAUCCCACCACCGCCACCGCCGCCUCCCAAGCUGGGACCUCCACCGGACUUCAAAAAGGAAGAAGUAUCCGACAAACACAAAGAAGUGAUCGAAAAAUUGAAAAAGCGACCGCGCAGAAGGCCGGACUGGUCCGACAUGAUGAAGGAGGUGGAGCAGGGUAAAAAGCUGCGUCACGUUGAAUGCAAUGAUAGAUCGAAACCGAUCGUUCACUGCAAGUCCAUCACCAAAGUCAAGGAUCAAUUUAUUUUCGAAACAGAGAAAGCAACGGCUCACAAUGUGCUCCUGAAGGAAAUUCAAAGUGGCGUCAGGCUGAAACCGACCAAGUGUAAUGACCGCAGUAAACCCAUUCUGGAAGGCCUUCGCAAGUUCCGUCGACAGAUGACGCUGGAGGAGCAACUGGCCAAGUCGGAGUCGCGAGCCAACCUGGAAGCACCGCCACCAGAGGAGGAAGAAGUCGACGAAAUGGACGACAUUGAUAAGGUUCGGGAUGACUUGCAGAGUACAAAGCAACUGUUGGCAAUGGAGUUGCGCAACAACGAAGCGCUGGAGCGCGAAAACAAGCGUCUACUGCAGCGGGUACAAAAUCUCGAAGCUGAGCUCUCCCGAGAGCGAUGGAAUCCACUGAGUGGCGAAGAGAAGAGCUCCAUUGCCGGACCGGAUGCCGAGCUGAUACAUUCGCUCAAGAAGGAGGCCGUUGAAGCGCAACAACAGUCCAAGCAGCUGGAGGAGAAAUAUCAAACGGUGGCCAAGGAACUGGACACGGCCAGCAAACAGAACGAAGAGCAGAAGCGAAAGAUUGCUGAAUUGGAGAAGAAACUUCAGAGUUUAACGGAUGAUGACUUCUAUUUGAGAGAACCUCAGGGUAUCACGGACACUGUGCCACGUCGCACUGCUGAGGCACCGAACCAGAAGGAAAGCUCACCGGAACUGGGCCCAGAAGAGGAGGAAGAGGAAGAAGAGGAAGAGGACGAGGAGAAGAAGGCCGAAAAGGCCGCCAAACGGUUGAACCGCGAGGUGAACAUGCUCUCGGCCCGAUUGAUCCGACUGAAGGAGAAGGAAGAGGAAAAGCACGCCGAACGGCAAGCCCUGAAGUACGCCAUGAAGACCAACCAGUAUGCACUGAAAAAUGAACUCAAGAAGUACAAGAAACUGCAGAAGGAAGUUGAAAAAAUGGCCGCCAUGAUGAAGAUGGAGGAUGAGGAUGAAGAUGGCGAGGAAGCAAAGGAACCUCCACCGGAAGAACCCGAGGAGGAGGAGGAAGAAGAGGAAUCUGAGGAGGAAAGCGAAUCGGAAUCCGAAUCAGAAAGUGAUAACGAGAGCGUGAACGAAGCAGAGGACGCCCCGGACGAGAAGAAGAAAGCCAACUUGGAACCGCGGGUGAAGCGGCACGAGAAUCGGUUAGCUUCGCUCAAGAAGGGUAACUACUUCCUGCAGGCCAACGUCGACCGGAUCAAGGACGAGAUUAACAAAACGCGGGAAAUGUGCUGCACGUUGCAGUCCGAUCUGGACUCCGUGAUUGCAGAUCUAGGAUAAACUCAUCGAUAUAUCAUCAUUGAGCCCUAACAUCGAACACAUAAUGGACACCAGUUUCACCACAGAAGAAGCCUAACCGUGCGUCUUAAAUCACUAUUUACUGUAUUUACCAAUGUCAUGUUCAAGUGCAAUUUUCAUCAUUCUAUAACUACACAAAACAUUACACAGAAAUAGCAACAACAAAAAAAAUGCCCGGCCCUUGGAUGGAUGUAGGAGAAGCAUUAAAUUGAAAGCCGGUCUUUGGCACCCAUGGAAGAGUAUUUAUUUUAGCUGUAUUUUUGCAAUCAGAAAUUAAUAAAGCCAACAUACCUGAAUUAUAAA